AUGUCUCUCGCACUACCCAGUUUGGACAAAUCAAAGGGACGGGCCUCCUUCCGCCCGAAUACGGUCCAGAAUGAGAUCAGUCCUGGCGCCCAACCGCAAGCUCACCCAACAAGAUGUCCGGUUUCUUAUUCGGGUGUCAAGGGUUUUAAGAGAAGUAAUCCAGGGGAUAGAAAGGAUACUGGUGUUUCUCGUGGAUAUGGAUCUCUAUCCAAUCUCGAACGUGUCGCACCAGAGAUCCUUCGGCCUAUUCUUGCCAAGAUAAUAUCAUACUUGGACCAUGGAUCCUUACUUUGUGCCCGACUUGUUGCUAGAUCAUGGUUCGAGGCAUGCGUGCAGAGUCGCCCACUCCGAUUUCCUCCAUUUUAUAGAAUUCCUAUUGAACUCAUUCAACUUAUUCUUGGAUUCAGUUCCCCCUCGGCAUUCAACGCUGCCAGAUAUACCUGUCGGGCCUGGUACCUGUCUUCUCUUGAAAAGUCACUAUUAAAAACUCAACUCAAAGCGCUAGGAUUCUACAUUACUGACCCCACUAUCCAAAAUUCUGACAACCCUUACUACCUAUCAACAAGGCUCUCAAGGGAGUUUUCGCUGGGUGCUGGGGGAUCGAACUUAUCAGGUUUGGUUAACACUACUAUUAUAGACAUGUCUGAGCUCGGAGCCACCACUACUGUCAAUUUCACAGUCUCAAUAUGUGGAACCUACGCACUUUUAAGUGAAGGGUGUGUUGUAUAUGUUUAUAGACUUCGGGCGACGAGUGGGACUCAGAUCGAGUUUGUGGUGUCGAUAAUAUGCCCAAGGAGGGUUUUGGCUGUAAGUAUGGAUACCAGCAGUAGAAGAUUUGCCAUUGCAAUUCUAUUGGAUGGCCGCAUGGGACUUGUUCACGAUGUUAUUGAACAAGAAGCCAAGAGUACUUACAGAAACCUAUGCAGUGACGAAGACGUCCCCAGAAGUGUCGCCAUAUGCCCUCAGAGGCGAUGUGUAGCCUUUGGCUGCCAUGGUGGAAUUGAACUGCACUGGGUGGACGCCUUGACUGGACAGGAUUUGAACCGUUGGUUUCCACUCACUGCACCGUCAGACUUCCUUUAUUUCCUUCCUCCGCGUAGAGGGAUUGAUUCAGCAAAAAAGCUACGACUCAUCUCUAGUGCUGUUCAUCCCAGAGAGGCAAGUCCUCUCACUAAGCGAUUUGGGGUAACUCGAGGAUCGCUUGCAUCAUGGGGAACUUGGGAGCCAAAAGCAGGUCAGAGUGACCAUUUUCAGGCAGUGCCAUUGAGCGAUGGGUAUCAUAUACUUUUCAUGGAUCCAGAGACUGGUAGGCUUUGUCUCGGAAGUGAUGCACCGUUAGGAGUGCCGACGAAGUUAUUGAGGAAGAUAUGGUUUAUCCCUCCACCAGACCCGAGUAAGAGCGAUGAAAUGCGGUGUAAAAGACACGGGGAUUUCGCAAACGCAUGGCAAGCUGAGAAUCAAGGUAUAGGUAGAUUUUUCAGGCCAAGCGUCUAUGCUUCUGGAGCAGACAUGAGAUUCGGGGUAAGGGUUGUUGCUGCAUAUGGCGAUCACAUCGUACUAUUCUCCAUUCCGUCAGAUAUCUUUGCUGGCUAUAUGAGAGACAAUGGUCAGCGAUACCAAGGUAUAAACGCAGAUACGACUCCGUAUCAUGAAAGUGAGGAUUCAAGAACUUUCUCCGAAAGUUCGGAGGAACCCUGGAAACCUGUUACGGUUAAUGGCUGCUACAUUGGAACAGUUCGAAGGAUCAUAGAUCUAGCAGUUGAUAGUGGUCCUAACAUGGCGGUCUAUACCUUCUCAGCAGAUGGACUUGUUAAUGUUUUUCAGCUCGAAAAAACAAACGCCACACCCUAUCCUGGAGACCAGAUGAAGGUGACUCAAUUGGUUUCGCAAAGAAAUGGCGAUAUUGUUGUCGAUGAGGGCGAAAUAACGGAACUAAUGGAUUCAACAUGA